UUUUCGUGGAUGCAAUUAGCUUAUUUUGUUUUGGAGAGUUGGCCACACUGAUGCAUUGUUUACAUUAAGUUUAAAGACAAGAUGCAGACAAUCAUGCUUAUCUUUUGAGUGAUUUGCAUGUUAGUGCAUGUAAAGAAGAGGUAGAAAAGCAUAAUUAAUAAUUAUAAGUCUGCAAGAGACGGACCCAGUCCUUUGUUAUAGCUGGAAUUAAAUUCAUAAGCCAUGGUAUUUGCCUGCCAAGCAGACAGUUUUCUGCGAGAGUUUUCUUCUAAAGUCGUGUCUUGUGCUGAAGCAAAACUAGAUUUAGUAAAAGAUGGGAAGAAACAAACAAUUGAUGGGUUUGAAGUGGUUUUAGAAGACACAAUUUUGUUUCCUGAGGGAGGAGGACAGCCAUCAGAUACAGGAUACUUAAAUGAAACACCAGUGAUUCAGGUUAAUCGACGAGGUGCUGAAGCUGUUCAUUUUGUUCAAUCAAAGUUCUCAGUUGGAGAAACAGUGAAACAAAAAGUAGACUGGGAGAGAAGGUUUGAUCACAUGCAGCAACAUUCGGGGCAGCACCUUCUCUCUGCUGUUGGUGAAACUGAAUUCAAUUGCCCCACGACUUCUUGGUGGCUUGGUGAAGAAACGUCGUAUGUUGAGCUUGCUACAACCAGUCUUACCGAGAGCAUUGUGGAUAAAUGGGAAGCUAUAGUGAAUGAAAAAAUAAGACUAGCAUUGCCUGUCACAGUCAAAGUAUACAGUAAGGGUGAUCCAUGGUUGGAUGAGGCACAUACUCGUGGGCUCCCAAAGGAUCAUGAAGGUGAUGUGCGUGUGAUCUCAAUUGAAGGAGUGGACAACAAUAUGUGUUGUGGUACACAUGUCAGCAAUCUUAGUCAGUUACAGGCAAUUAAAUUUUUAUAUUUUGAAAAAGGGAAGAAGAAUAAAACAAACUUGCAUUUCCUGGUUGGUGGACGGGUACUAAAGUAUUUGUCAAGCUGUCUUGAACGAGAAAGAAAGCUUACGGAGCUGUUACAGAGCAAUCCAAAUGAUCAUGUUAGCUUAGUGGAGAAACUCCAAAAAUCUGUGAAGAAUGCAAAUAAAAAUUUAGUAAAUGCCCUAAAAGAAAUUGCAGCAUAUGAGGUAGAAAAACUGAAGAGUCAAGAACCUAAGCCCAAAUUCUUCUGUCUUCACAGAAGCGAGGCUGAAAUGGAUUUCAUAAAUAUGUUCCUUAAGCUGUUUGCAGAUGAGAGUGUGCUGCUGCUACUUACUGUUGGUGAACCUAAGGGCUCUGGGCACAUGGUGUUGCAUGGAGAGCAAACUGCUGUCUCUGCUUUGGGUCAACAAAUCUGCAAACUUCUGGAUGGUAAAGGUGCAGGGAAAGGGACUCGAUUCCAAGCCAAGGUCAACAAUCUUAAAAAUAUUAGAGCUGCAGAGAGGUUGAUCAAAGAAUAUUUUCAAACAGGUCAGAAUGAAGUAUAAUGCUGCAUUAAAGAGUGAGAGUUAAUUAUUGUAUUAUAAAUUUUUGACAAUAUUUGCUGUGCAAUUCAUCAUGUUUCACAGUGUUAUAGAUAAGACUCAAUUUCAUAUAGCAGAUGAAACUGAGAUUUGUAAAUAAAACUGACAUAAAAUGUGUAAGAUGUUUAUCAUGAAUAAAGUGAAUUGCUGACUAUG